AUGGGAGAAAAAUCGAAGUCCAAAGGUGGGUGUUGGGGUUGGUGCAUCGCGUUGGUCAUUGUGGCUAUCGUCGUCGUUGCUGUUGUUUUAACCGUCAAGAAGAAAUUCGGUCACUCCGGCUCCGAUAAAGCGGCUCCGGUUCCCGGUCCCCCUGGCGCCGUUGAUCAAAAAUACGCCACUGCACUAAAAACCUCAUUGCAAUUCUUCGAUAUUCAGAAGUCUGGGAAGUUAGUCAACAACAAAAUACCUUGGAGAGGGGAUUCGGGUCUUAAGGAUGGGAGCCAAGCCGAGCUGGAUCUCUCUAAAGGAAUGUUUGAUGCUGGGGAUCACAUAAAAUUUGGUUUUCCGAUGGCUUUUACGGCGACAGUGUUGUCGUGGGCCAUUCUAGAAUAUGGAGAUCAAAUGGAUCAUGUGGGCCAGUUAGACUCGGCUCAAGAGUCACUCAAGUGGAUCACUGAUUAUCUCAUCCAUGCUCACCCUUCUGCCAAUGUUCUUUACAUUCAGGUGGGUGAUCCUGUUGCAGAUCACAAGUGUUGGGAAAGACCAGAAGACAUGACUGAGGCACGACCACUCAUACAAGUGAAUGCAUCUUAUCCUGGAUCAGACGUUGCAGCUGAAACUGCAGCAGCUAUGGCCUCAGCAUCUUUGGUCUUUAAAAAAACUGAUUCUACGUAUUCUAGCACACUCCUCAAGCAUGCUAAACAGUUGUUUACUUUUGCUGACAACAAUAGGGGAUACUAUAGUAAGAGUAUACCCGAAGUCCAGACAUAUUAUAACUCCACUGGAUAUGGUGAUGAGCUUCUAUGGGCUGCCAGCUGGCUCUAUCAUGCUACGGCUGAUGAUUCUUACCUUCAGUUUGUGACUGGCCAAGCUGGAGAAGACUAUGCUGAUUGGGGAAGCCCAACCUGGUUCAGUUGGGAUAACAAGCUUGCUGGAACUCAGGUUUUGUUAGCUAGAUUAAGCUUUUUUAAGGCAAAGGACAUUUCAAAUUCGUAUGGCUCUGGGCUCCAAAGUUACAGGAAAACAGCUGAGGCUGUAAUGUGUGGCCUUCUUCCAGAAUCUCCAACAGCCACAAAAAACAGAACAGAUGAUGGUCUUAUAUGGGUGAGCGAAUGGAACUCUCUGCAACAUCCUGUUGCAUCUGCAUUCUUAGCUGUUGUUUACAGUGACUAUAUGCUAACAUCGCAGACACCAAAACUAAAAUGUGAUUCAGAUUCCUUUACCCCAUCAGAUCUUCGAGACUUUGCCAAAUCUCAGGCUGAUUACGUGUUGGGCAAGAAUCCUAUGCAUAUGAGUUUUCUGGUGGGCUACGGGGAUAAAUUCCCGCAAUUCGUGCAUCAUAGGGGUGCUUCAAUUCCUUCUAAUACAAAAACUGGCUGCAAGGAUGGCUUCAAGUGGCUAGAGUCAUCUGAUCCCAAUCCCAAUGUAGCUACUGGAGCACUUGUUGGUGGACCCUUCAUGAAUGAGACUUUCAUUGAUGCCAGGAACAAUUCCAUGCAAACAGAACCAAGCACGUACAACAGUGCUGUCAUAGUCGGUCUCCUAUCAAGUUUAGUCACCACGUCUUCUAUUGUUCAAUCCUUUACCUAA